GAGCUCGAGGAGCAGGCGCGCGCGCUGCCCGAGCUGCAGGAGCAGGUGCGCGCGCUGCGCGCUGAGAGGGCGCGGUUGCUUGCUGGGCGCCGGCAGCCCGAGCCCGACGGGGAGGCCGAGGCGCGCCCGGACAAGCUUGCUCAGCUGCGGCGGCUCACCGAGCGCCUGGUCACCUCUGAGCGCGGCGUUCGCGCCAGGGCCAGCCCCUGGGCUGACGGCCCCGACCGGUCGGCUUCUAGCCUCAGCGAGGGUGCGCUGCAGGUCCUCGACGGGGUGCCCCAGACGCGGGAUACAGGCACCCAGACCGUGCCGGAGACUCAACAGGCGGGAGCUCAGGCGGUGCCGGAGACCCAGGAGGCCGGCGUGGGGGCAGCUCCCGAGACCCUCGAGGCGGAAGCGUGGGUGACGGAGGCUCUGCUGGGGCUGCCCGCUGCCGCCGAGCGCGAGCUGGAGCUGCUUCGCGCCAGCCUGGAGCAUCAGCGUGGGGUGAACGAGCUCCUGCGGGGUCGCCUGUGCGACCUGGAGGAGGCCCGCGAGGCAGCCGAGGAGGCACAGGCAGCGGUGGCGGCCCGGCCCCAGCCGUGCGAGGCCGCCACCCAGACCCCGUGGGGUUGUGCCGAGAGGGCCACGCAGACUGAGCCCGCUGUGGAGGCCCCUGUCCCAACGCAGGAGAACCUGCCCGGACCCACGGAUGGGGACAGGGCAGUGGCACCCGCGGGCACCCUCAAAUCCAUUAUGAAGAGGAGAGACGGUACACCUGGCGUCCAACCCAGCCCCGGACCCAAGAGCCUGCAGUUUGUUGGGGUCCUCAACGGAGAGUACGAGAGCUCAUCCAGCGAGGGCGACAGCGACAGCGAGGACGGCGCUGCCGAGCUCCCGAGGAGCAGUUCGUCGGUCUCAGGAGACGACAGCGGCGGGGGAUCCGACUCCGGGACCCAUGGCCCUCCCAGCGGCGGGGAGGCCCGGGACCCCGAGCCGGAGGCAGAGCCAGAGCCUCAGCCGGGUGCGCAGGCGAGUAGGUGCGAGCUGAGCCCUCGUUUGAGGGAGGCGUGCGCAGCGCUGCAACGGCAGCUGAGCCGGCCCCGCGGAGUCGCCCGCGACAGUGGCGCAGCGCGCCUGGUGGCCCAGGAGUGGUUUCGAGUGUCGAGCCAGCGGCGCUCUCAAGCGGAGCCCGUGGCCGGGGUGCUGGGCGCGGUGGUGCGCCUGGGACGUGAGCUGCUGGAGCACGUGGUGAACCUGACGGAUGGCAACGGGAACACAGCCCUGCACUACAGCGUGUCCCAUGGGAACCUGGCCAUCGCGAGCUUGCUGCUGGAUACAGGGGUCUGCAAGAUUGACCACCAGAAUCGAGCUGGCUACUCCGCCCUCAUGCUGGCCGCACUCACCUCUGUGGGGCGAGAGGAGGACAUGGCCGUGGUCCAGAGACUCUUCCGCAUGGGCAGUGUUAACGCCAAGGCCAGCCAGACGGGACAGACAGCCCUCAUGCUGGCCAUCAGCCACGGCCGCCAGGACAUGGUAGCGGCCCUACUGGCAUGUGGGGCAGAUGUGAACGUGCAGGAUGCAGAUGGGGCCACAGCGCUGAUGUGCGCCAGCGAGUAUGGGCGCCUGGACACUGUCCGGUUGCUCCUGGCCCAGCCCGGCUGCGACCCCGCCCUCCUGGACAACGAGGGCACCAGUGCCCUGGCCAUUGCCCUGGAGGCUGAGCAGGACGAGGUGGCCGCCCUGCUGCACGCACACCUGAACUCAGGCCAGCCCGGCCCCCCGCUGCCCUCUGACCGCCCCACGGCCAAGCCUAGUGAAGGAGGCUGCAGUGACGGUGGAGAGGACCCCCCACCUCAGUGACUGGCCUGACACACUGGACCUGGAUUGGGGGAGAGCUUUCCCUCGCCCACCUCGACCUCGGGGCACAGCAAGGGUCAGGGUCCACAGGGAGGGGCUCAGCUUGAACUCUUCAGGGUGAGGUGGGGCCUGAGGCACUUUGGUCCACUCACUCCUCCAACCUUCUUCCUUAAUAAAA